AUGAAACUUACCCCUACUGCUGUGCUGUUACUUGGCGCCUUAGCCAAAUACAGUCUGGGCCAGUCAGGGCACAAUGCCGACCUCUGUUGCGCCUUUCUAAGUAACAGCACUAUCGGCGAUAGAAUUGCCUUCCCCAACUCCACAGCGUACGAGGACUCCGUCCACUCCUACUUUGGCGUGAACGCCCAGCUAGAACCUAACUGUAUUGUGCAACCACUUUCUGCUCAAGAUGUAUCAGCAGCCGUGAAAACUCUCACAACCUCUGACGCGGGGCCCUGCUUCUUCGCCAUUCGCAGCGGCGGGCACACAACGUCCGUCGGUGCCUCCAACAUCUCCCCGGGCGUCACAAUCGAUCUCUCACUACUAAACAACACCACGUACAACGCCGACAUAGGCACCGCAUUUAUCCAACCGGGAGCGCGCUGGGCGUCCGUAUUCGAGACUCUGCUUCCCCUCAAUGUUACAGUCCCUGGUGGCCGGACUGCACCUGUUGGUGUUGGGGGAUUUCUGACAGGUGGUGGGAACUCCUUCUACGCUGCACGUGUCGGAUUAAGCUGUGACAAUAUCCAGAGCUACGAGGUUGUCCUGGCUAGUGGCGAGAUUAUCAACGUGAGCCGCGAUUCACACGCAGAUCUAUUUAAAGCAUUGAAAGGCGGCUCGAGCAAUUUCGGUAUUGUCACUCAGUUCGAACUAAAGGCUUUUCCGUCAGAGGGGAUGUGGGGUGGGAUCGUUGUCUACAACAUCUCGGCUACGAAUGAGUAUCUUAGCGCGGCGAGCAAUUUUAUUGACAAUAUCCCGAAUGACCCCUAUGCCUCGUGGAUUGGCAUGUUCGGCUAUAAUUCUACGACUGACCAGACUACGAUAUUUACGCCGCUCGAUUAUACAAAGCCUGUGGAAAGGCCUGAUGCAUUCAGUGACUUUUACGCGAUUCCUAAUAUCUCGGAUACGUUGAGAUUCUCAAACGUACUGGAGUUGACAACUGAAAAUUCCCAGGCCCAGGGGUAUCGAAACAUUCUCCAAACCGGAACAUAUCUGAACAGGGAAGAUGUCCUCCACAAGGUCGUCGACAUCCUGAACCGACAAAUCGAACAAGCCAAGGUGUCCGCACAGGGAACAGACUUCGCGCCUAUGGUUAUCAUCCAGCCGUGGAUCCCUCUAUUCUGGAAGGAUAGUGAAGACCGUGGUGGAAAUGUCCUGGGUUUGGAACGGUUUACGGAGAAUUUGUUCAUGGUCCUGUGGGAUUACUCCUGGGACAAUGAAGCAGACGAUGACCUCUUCUACAAGCUCGCCGAGUCCGCGCAGGCGGAAAUUGAUGAGUAUGCGCAAUCUGUUGGUGCUUACACCGACUUCAUCUACUUAAACUACGCCAACGGUACGCAAACCCCGCUACAGGGGUAUGGAGCCGAUAACUUGGCGUUUAUUGCGCAGGUUGCGGACAAAUAUGAUCCUGAGGGCGUUUUCCAGACGCUCGUCCCUGGGGGGUUUAAGAUCUCGAAAGGGUGAGAGUGAGAUUUUUGUUCAGGAUAUCCUUGAGCAUGCGAGCGUUUGAGAUUUCUGCAGGGGCCGGAAGUAUCAGAAGAAGUGAAAGUGACUUGUUGUACUGGAUGCAAGCGCAAUCUUGUGCUGGACCUGGUAGCCCAAAAACAGUUAUUUUUCAGAUGUACCCAACGCCCUGCCUCAUGUCUUGUUGUCGUCUGUACGUAAUUCCGGUACCCAAAGUCCCGG